ACUGCGUUGGUAUCUGGGUCUUGCUUCCAAUUAGAGAUACAAGACGAGACACAGGAAGAGGUCUGCCAAAUACAAAUCUGGAAUCCAAACACUCCUGGCGCAUAAAAUUACAUAACAGUCUAGCAUCAGCAGUGAGUCCUGCAAUUGAGAUACCAAUAUGGUUGUCAACAUGGAGAAUUUUUUUCUGAUGAGCUGCAAGCUCUGACUGUGCUCUCUUCAGUGCAACCAGCACUGUAUGGGUUUUUGAUUUCAGACCAACUGUGGCUGAACCUUGUUUAACAGCUUCCAUUGCAUAUUCAAUUUGAUGAAUCCUGCCCUGAGGGCUCCAAACAGUGACAUCAUUGUCAUACUGGUUGCGAAACAUGAUUCCGGCGUGGGUCUGGCAGCGGCCUCCAGCAGAGGUGCGGAUCCAGGAGCUCGGCCGAAGCUACCGCUCGGCGAUCUACAGACAAGUCUUCGGGGUUUUUUCAAAAUACUUCAAUUUCAAAAAGACUUUGACAGACUUCCACAACAAAAGUUUGGAGUAUGUAAAAGAAGGAGAUACAGUGUCUCAAUUUGAUAGCAUCUGUGAAGUUCAAAGUGAUAAAGCUUCUGUUACUAUCACUAGUCGUUAUGAUGGAGUCAUUAAAAAACUGUAUUAUAAUCUAGACGAUAUUGCCUAUGUGGGAAAGCCAUUAGUAGACAUAGAAACGGAAGCUUUGAAAGAUUCAGAGGAAGAUGUUGUCGAGACUCCUGCCGUGUCCCAUGACGAACACACACACCAAGAGAUAAAGGGCCAGAAAACACUGGCCACUCCUGCGGUUCGCCGCCUGGCAAUGGAAAACAAUAUUAAGCUGAGCGAAGUUGUUGGCUCAGGAAAAGAUGGCAGAAUACUUAAAGAAGAUAUUCUCAACUAUUUGGAAAAGCAGACCGGAGCUAUAUUACCUCCUUCACCAAAAGCUGAAAUCGUGCCACCUCCACCCACACCAAAAGACAGAACUAUUCCUCUACCAAUAUCAAAACCUCCAGUAUUCACAGGCAAAGACAAAACAGAACCCAUCAAAGGCUUUCACAAAGCAAUGGUCAAGACCAUGACUAUGGCCCUGAAGAUACCUCACUUUGGGUAUUGUGAUGAGGUUGACCUUACUGAACUGGUUAAGCUACGAGAAGAAUUAAAACCCAUUGCUUUUGCCCGUGGAAUUAAACUCUCCUUUAUGCCCUUCUUCUUAAAGGCUGCUUCCUUGGGACUACUUCAGUUUCCUAUCCUUAAUGCUUCUGUGGAUGAAAACUGCCAGAACAUUACAUAUAAGGCUUCUCACAACAUUGGGAUAGCAAUGGAUACUGAGCAGGGGUUGAUUGUCCCGAAUGUGAAGAACGUUCAGAUCCGCUCUAUAUUUGAGAUCGCUGCUGAGCUGAACCGCCUUCAGAAACUGGGCUCUGCAGGCCAGCUCAGUACCACUGAUCUUUCAGGAGGAACCUUCACUCUUUCCAACAUUGGAUCAAUUGGUGGUACCUAUGCCAAACCAGUGAUACUGCCACCGGAAGUAGCAAUUGGGGCUCUCGGAUCAAUUAAGGCCCUUCCCCGAUUUAACCAGAAAGGAGAAGUGUAUAAGGCACAGAUAAUGAACGUGAGCUGGUCAGCUGAUCACAGAAUUAUUGAUGGUGCUACAAUGUCACGCUUCUCUAAUUUGUGGAAAUCCUACUUAGAGAACCCAGCUUUUAUGCUCCUAGAUCUGAAAUGAAGAUUAUAAGGCGCCACUGAACUUUUUCAGCUUCCAAAGAACACGUAAAGACUAGUUGUACAGCACAUGUUCUUCCUCAUAAUUUGGAUUAUUAAUAAUUUGUAUUGUGUGAUUAAGGUUCCAAGGCACAAUAUUUAUCUCUGUUCUGUUAGACUAUUUACAGAAAUAAAUAAUGAUGUAAUAGUUCUCCUGGGGCUGUCACAUGUCACAGGUCAUAGUGUGACUUCUUACUAUGGUGCUGAGGUCUUUGUGUCCAUGGACUGAAACUAGCAAGAACAACAAAAUUAACGUUACUAAAAGACAGAUUUCCAUAUCUAGUAUUUACCCUAUUUUUUGUCUUUUCCCUUUUUAAAUUUUAGACUGACCUUUAAUGAAACUUCUCAAUUAUGUAGUCGGGAAAGGGAAUUUACACACAAAAGUAUCUUCCAUUUCCCCACAAUAAUGCUAACUGUUGUAUAAAAUAAGUGCAAUUAUACUUAACCUUUUAAUAUAUCCACGGUUAUGUUACUCUGGAGAGAUUAUCUGUAAAUGUCUUGUUUAUAUAAACUAAUAGCUUUUAAAAGAGAAAAUUAUAAGCUAAUCUUAAAAAUGCCCAGUUAUAGGGGAGCUUGGCUGACUCGGUUGGAAAAGCAUGUGACACUUGAUCUUGGGGUCAUGACUUCAAGCCCCAACUUGGGCAUAGUUUUAUAACCAGAAAGACUAUCAAAAGUGUUUGUCUAAAACGAAUAUACUUUUAGGAUUUUGGUAACUUUUUGGUGUUUUGUUAGGAAAAAAACACCUCUGCAAACUUGCCUCAUGUAACAAAAGUGCUUUAAAUGUAGCAGCCGCCGACAUUGUCUUACAGUUAGCAGUCCAUUGCGUUUUAACUAUUUUUUAUCUCUCUUGUCUUCAGCCAGAACAUAGAAUAGAAUAAGAAAUUAAGAGGUAUUCCAUUCUCCAUAUCCUGAGAAGGAAUGUGCGUAAGAGGAGAGAGAAGAGUCUAAUGGGUAAUUAUGGACAUUAAAAUAAAAAAUCUCAUACAGAAAUGAAGGUAUCAACAUGAUCAUUUUAAUCAGAAAUAGCAUCAAGGUGAAUAUAGUCCAGUGUUUUGAUUUGCAAUCAGAAAUCCAGAUUGCUCCUAAUGUUGUCUAAUUGACUACUGUAUGUUCAAGUGAAAUUUUGUGAGGAAAAAAAAGUUGUUUUAAAUCUACUUGAUGUUUUCAAAAUGAAAAUGACAUGUAAAUUAGAAAAUAAUUGAUCAAAUGAAUGUUAUUUUUUAAAUGUAGGUAGUACAAAGAGUCACCAGGAAAAUAAAAUCAUCCAUCAUUAUACCACUAUUAGCAUUUUGAUCAAGGUAUCUGUAUACAUAGCUCUACUUUUAUGAAAACAAGAUCGUGCUUUAUCUACUAUUUUAUAAUUUGAUUUUUAAUUUAACAUUAUAUUACAAGUAACUUGACAUGUCAAUAAACAAUUCUACAUUAUCAUACUUUUAAA